AUGCCAUCCAGCGUUACCUUGCUCCUCCUGAUGGGGCUGUCUGUGUGCACCUCGGCUGAGGAUGGUGGAGAGGAACAGACACUGGGCGCUGAAGCAGGACCCUGGGUAACCGUGACCCUGGAGGCGGGCGCUGUCGCCAGCAUUCAGCUCCAGCUGCAGGAGGUGAAGAGGGGCAAAGCCAGCCAGUUCUUCGGGCUGAUGGGGAAGCGGGUGAGAGGGUAUCAGAUGGGACAAAGGGGCCUCCUGGGCAGAAGAGCAUCAUCCACAAAAGGCAGCGUGGACGAGGACCAAGGGGCCGAGUGACAGCCACCUGCACGUGCUUCCAGAGGACGCUCCCUGAAUGCCACCCCUGAGCAGCCAGGGGCCAGCUCCUGUCCUUGUUCUCCUGUUCCUAACACGGGCGCUCACAGGAGGCCCACACUGACGUCAUGGGGUUUCUUCCAGGACGCUGGGUGACCUUGGCUAUGCCCCGGGCCUGUUCGCUUCAUUCUCGGGCAUCAGUGUGCUGCCGUCACCCUGCAGGGCAGCAGGGGCCCUGCCCGCCCUUGCACUCAGAGCUCUCAGCUCAUGGCACGGCGGGAGCAAGCCUUGCAUGCUGUCCCCACUGUGCCCAGCACACACUGGGGGCUCAAUAAAUGAAUG